GUCCCCGCGGCUUCACAGCGCCUUUCGGGCUGUUCUCGACGGGCAAGUUCUCCUGAAUGCGCUGAUCGGCGGGUCCGUCAUCUCCGUGCUCAGAGGACACUUGCCAUUUCCUGAUGAUCCGUCCCAAUGCUGACCCUCCCGAUCAGACCGUGCACUCAGCGGAUCGUACAUGUGGAUUAUUUAUGGGAAGCUGGUUACGGAUAAUCGAUACGGAAACCCCACCCAAAUCAUCCCGGUCCGCAGGUGGAGCGGAGUUGGAGGUGGGUGUGUCCUCGUGAUGGUGUCUAGAAUGAGUCUGGGAGACCUGCCCAUGGACAGCUGGAUGUCUCAGCUGCCACGUGCUCUGUGGGACAUCCCGCUCUACCAGCUAACCAUCCCAGGCAGCCACAACGCAAUAACCUACUGUUUGGACAUGAACGACAGAUCCCCUGUUGAUCUGACGCAGCCUGACAUGCUUCAGAAGCUCGACAAAUACAUGAAGCCUCUUAUUCGGCCCUUUGUUUAUAAGUGGGCAGUAACACAGGAGUACACUAUAAUGCAGCAGCUGGACUGUGGAGUCAGAUACUGCGACCUGAGGAUUGCACACAGACCCAGCGACAGCUCCAGUGACCUGUACUUCUACCACGGUGUCUACACCACGCUAACCGUCCAGACGGUUCUAACAGAGAUAAAGGAGUGGCUGGAUGCUCAUCCCAGAGAGGUGGUCAUCCUGUCUUUUAGCCACUUCCUGGGCCUAAACCAGGAGCUCCACAUGCUGCUCCUCACGAACAUCCGCAACAUUUUUACCUCCAAACUCUGCCCCAAAAAGGAAGUAUUAACCCUUCGAAACCUGUGGGCUUUAGGCUACCAAGUGAUCGUGUCCUACGAACACACCAUGGCGAGCUGUCACAGCGAGCUGUGGCCACACAUCCCUUACUGGUGGGCCAACAAAUGCAAAGCUGAGGCUCUCAUCGAGGAGUUUGAACACAGAAAACAGCACGGCAGACCAGGAGGUUUCUUUGUCACAGGAAUCAAUCUCACAGAGGACUUGAAGUACAUCUGCACACACCCGACGGAGUCGCUGAAGGACUUGGUGAUGUCCACUUACCCAACACUCCUUGGCUGGGUUGAGGAGCAGAAACCUGGCUCUGCUGUCACCUCGCUCAAUAUCAUCGCAGGAGACUUUGUCACAGAGAGCCGCUUCGCACCAACUGUUGUUGCCUUAAAUGAGAAAUUACUGAAAUGGUCUUCAUGAGUUUCACAGAUACGCACAAUCCACACCCUUGGUUCCCACCUGGGGGUGCUAAACAUCACAGGCUUGGCCUAAGGUUUUCUCUGCUCUGAGGUUAAGAUUAAACUGAUU